UCCAAGGGGGCUCGUCUUAUCGCAACGGAGGGGGCGCGCCUGAUUUAAAGGACGCGCUCUCCAGUGUUGAUGUGUCGCAGAUUUUAAAACUCUGAAAGAGAGGGAGAGAGAUUCACAGAGGGAGAGGGAGACAGAGAGACAGAGGGAGAGAUAGAGAGAGAGGGAGAGGGAGAGAGGGGAGGGGACAUCACAGUUAUUCGUGGAGUAGUGCAGGUGAUGCACGGGGACAGCGGAGCAGCAGAGAGUUGGAAGAAGCUUGGAGCAGGAGCAGUCAGAGUUCUGCUGCCUGGAGACAGAAGAGCGCGUGCCGCGUCCCGUCCGCCGGUAGAGACAUGGAGCUGUCCUCCAUCGGAGAGCAGGUGUUCGCCGUGGAGUCCAUCACCAAGAAGCGCGUGCGAAAGGGGAACGUGGAGUACCUCCUGAAGUGGCAGGGAUGGCCCCAAAAGUACAGCACCUGGGAGCCCGAGGACCACAUCCUGGACCCGCGCCUGGUGCUAGCCUACGAGGAGAAGGAGGAGCGGGACCGUGCGGUGGCGUUCCGGAGGAAGGGUCUCCGUCCCCGGCGGCUGCUGCUGAGGAAUCUCUUCGCCAUGGACCUCCGUAGCCAGCACAAGGAGGAGGCUCCGCCCCCUCCGCGGCUCCGCCUCUCUCUGGCGCGCUCCAUGAGCACCGACGUGGACCCGGGGGGCCGGGGGGGCCGGGGGGGGCUGUGCCGCCGGCUGGCCGGGCGCCGGGGGGGGGGCGAGGCCCUCAGCUCACGGGCCGUCCCGCAAACACCGUCGGCUCCUGAGGAAGGAGAAGGAGGAGGACUGUCGGACUACGCCAGCGAGCCGCACGCAAACAGCCUCUACGGUGGGUGGGUGGCGCGCCCGGGCGGAGCCCCGCCCCCUAAAGGUGGACUCACACCUCCGGAUCCGGACGAAAACCGUCCUUCCGUACCGAACGUUGUCUCCGGCCGUUCUGAGUGCAGCUCCCCGAUGACGCUUCACCCUGAGGACUCGUCAGCGGAGGAGAGCCUCGCCCUCAACCUGCUGGCCGUGCGCUCGCUGGCCCGGGGGGACUCCAGCUCCGGGGAGGACCCCGACCGGGGGGCCACAAUGGGGGGGCCCGCCGCCGAGACCCCCGUGUCCCCGGGCAGCCAAUCAGAGAGCUGGGAUUGCAUGUCGGAGGCGGGGCCCAAAGACGUCCUUAGCGACGGCGGGGAGGGGGACGUGGACAGCAGCACGGGCGGCCGGGAGGGGGGGCGGGGUCUGUCGGGGGACGUGGGGGUGGGGGGGCGGGGUCUGUCGGGGGGCGGGGGGGUGGGGGGGCGGGGUCUGUCGGGGGGCGGGGGGGUGGGGGGGCGGGGUCUGUCGGGGGGCGGGGGGGCUCUCCCCCCACCGGGCCCCGCCUGGCAGAGGAGCGGCGCGUCGGUGAUCGUGAACAUUCAGGGGAGCGGGCCCCUGGACCCCCGGAGGGUUGAACCCCCUCCCGGGGGCCCCAAGGGGGGGUCCGGGGCCCCGGCGCUGCUCGCCCCGGCGCUCCCGGGAGACGAGGAUGUGGCCGCCGGGACCCCCGAGGAGAAGGUGACCGUCACCCAGGUGACCAUCAACGCCGUGACCGUGACGUUCCGGGAGGCCACGGAGGCCGAGGGCUUCUUCAAAGGCCUCUAGGUCGGGGAUUGGGGGCGGGGCCUGAAGGCAGAAAAGGGGAGGGGCGUGAUAGGAAAACAGAAGCUUUGGCUAUCACUCGUUUCAAACGUGUAAAUAGUUGUUUGUGUGUAUAUAUAUGUAUAUCUAUCUGUGUGUUUGUGUACGUGACAGAUCCUUCCAGAUGUUUACAGACGUUCUUAUUGGCAAAAUUCCGAGGAUACGUUGAAUAUUGACCCAUUGCCUUUAAAGAAGAGAUCCGAGGAGUGCUGAGGGAACAGGGUUUCCUGGGGUUCGGACCGACUGCCGUUCGGGGCGGUGCACUCGUGUUCAGGCUGCAGACAGGCGGAGCGUGCGAAGCUCCAACCUCAUCACCUAUAUUAUGACUUCCAAGCAGCUACUUGUACCAGAGGGCUCUGCCUCCGUCUGUCGUCCCACACUGAACACCACUGUUACCGGGCCGCGCACCGGCUUCCUUUUCUAACAAAGCCUUUUGUACGACCGCCUCCUCCAGUGUUGAGCCGGCGCAUGCCCCGUCCGUCCCGUGCGUCCUGUGUCUCAGCGCGCUCCUCUCCCCGCCCCCUCCCAGAGGAGCGGCGCGAUGAGGAGCCUCAGUAGAGUAGCACGUGCUGUUAGCCGUCUUUCUGUCCUCGUAGUUCGGAGCGUAGCCGACUGGUUCUAUUUUUAUAUCCUGACGCUCCUGGUGUGUGUGUUGUGUCAUGAAGAGGUGUCGGUGUACAGAGCUGUGUACAAUGAUGUGCUCACGCACGUGAGGUCAAGAGGUCCUGAGCUACUAUUUAUCGCAUGUCACAUAGGACGGCCUCAACUAUAAUAACUAUACUAUCACUGGUCUCGUUGAAGUUUCUCUUUGAUGAAUGUUCGAAAUGUCUUUAUGAAAAAUGCCUUUUUAUUUGGACUGUAUUUACAAUAAAUAUGGAAACAUGAUUACCUGA